GGCGCCACUCAACGGCGCUCGGUUUCCUGGUUGUAGCUGUCAAACACAAGCUACGGUUUGGAUAAGAGCCGAUGUCCUCAGUCACCGUCCUGCAUCCCACCGAGCGAGGUUUAUCCGGCCACUAAACAAGAAAUCCUGGCCAAUGGCAUUCAGGAAGGCUCUGAAACGGACGGCGAUCAUAGGGGGCGGGGCGGUCGCCACGGUUUUUGGCCUCUCGCACCUAAUCGAGUACAGGAAGACGCAGCCCGGAUUGGUUCAGCUAGCCCACGUGGCGGCGGAAGCAGAGCUGAAGGUUCCCUACGCGGACGAGCUUCCCUCCCGGCAGGCCCAGCUCACUGCGCUGAAAACCACUGAGGAGUUUGAUGUCCUGGUUGUCGGAGGAGGGGCCACGGGGGCAGGAUGUGCCUUAGACGCUGUCACACGCAACCUCAAGACUGCCCUCGUAGAGAGAAGCGACUUCUCCUCGGGGACAAGCAGCCGGAGUACCAAGCUAAUCCACGGUGGAGUCCGCUAUCUUCAGAAGGCCAUCAUGCAGUUAGACUACGAACAGUACAUGAUGGUGAAAGAGGCCCUCCACGAGCGAGCCAACCUCCUGGAGAUUGCACCUCACCUAUCUGCGCCGCUACCCAUCAUGCUUCCUGUUUACAAAUGGUGGCAGUUGCCUUACUACUGGGCAGGGAUCAAGAUGUACGACUUGGUGGCUGGGAUUCAGUGCCUAAAGAGCAGCUACGUCCUCAGUAAGACCAAGGCCUUGGAGCUGUUCCCCAUGCUGAAGAAGGACAAGCUGGUGGGAGCAAUCGUCUACUACGACGGGCAGCACAAUGACGCCCGUAUGAACCUGGCCAUCGCCCUUACCGCCGCUCGCCACGGCGCUGCCGUCACCAACUACACUGAGGUGGUUCACCUGCUGAAGACGAAAGACCCGCAGACCGGCAAGGAGAAGGUGUGCGGAGCCCGCUGCAAAGAUGUAAUCACAGGGCAGCAAUUUGACGUGAAGGCCAAGUGUGUGAUCAACGCCACUGGACCCUUCACAGACUCACUGAGGAAGAUGGACAACCAGGAAACCAAAAACAUCUGCCAACCCAGUGCUGGUGUUCACAUUGUCAUCCCCGGUUACUACAGUCCUGACAACAUGGGCCUGCUCGAUCCGGCCACGAGCGACGGGCGUGUCAUCUUCUUCCUGCCCUGGGAGAAAAUGACCAUCGCCGGCACGACCGACACCCCCACCACCGUGACGGCUCACCCGAUCCCGGGGGAGGACGACAUCAACUUUAUCCUGAGGGAGGUCCGCAACUACCUCAGCCCUGACGUAGAAGUGCGCCGAGGAGACGUUCUGGCAGCUUGGAGCGGCAUCCGUCCCCUGGUGACCGACCCAAACUCCAAAGACACUCAGUCCAUCUGCAGGAACCACAUCGUCAGCGUCAGUGACAGCGGACUGGUCACCAUCGCUGGUGGGAAGUGGACUACCUACAGGUCCAUGGCUGAAGAGACUCUGGACUCAGCCAUCAAAGCCCACGGCCUCUCAGCUGGGCCCUGCAGGACUGUUGGUCUGACGCUGGAAGGGGCAAAGGGCUGGGCGCCGACCCUCUACAUCCGCCUGGUGCAGGACUAUGGCCUGGAGAACGAGGUGGCCCAGCACCUGGCCGCGACGUACGGCGGCAAGGCGUUUGAUGUGGCAAAGAUGGCUCAGGUCACUGGGCAAAGAUGGCCAAUUGUGGGGAAAAGAUUAGUGUCUGAGUUUCCUUACAUCGAGGGUGAGGUGCUCUAUGCCAUUAAGGAGUACGCCUGCACCGCCAUUGACAUCAUCGCCCGACGAACGCGCCUGGGCUUCUUGAACGUGCAGGCAGCCGACGAAGCCCUCCCACGCAUCGUCCAGAUCAUGGGCAAAGAGCUGGACUGGAGUCAGGAGAGGAAGACGGCAGAGCUCGAAGCAGCUAGGAAGUUUUUGUACCAUGAGAUGGGCUACCGGUCUCGUUCUGAGCAGCUGACCAAGACGUCUGAGAUCAACUUGGACUACCAGGAAGUAGUCAGAUACAAGAAACGCUUCCAUAAGUUUGACAAAGAGAGCAAAGGAUUCAUCACCACUGUUGACGUCCAGCAAGUUUUGGAUAGCAUCAAUGUCCACAUUGAUGAAAAUGCUCUCCACGAAAUCCUUAAUGAGGUGGACCUCAACAAGAAUGGACAAGUUGAAAUUGAUGAAUUCCUGCAGCUGAUGAGCGCCGUGAAGAAGGGACAAGUGUCGGACAGCCGCCUGGCCAUUCUGAUGAAAACGGCGGAGGAAACUCUGGAUAAGAGAGGGCCGGUGACGGUGGACCGAAGCGGGGGUGGAGUCUGAGCCGGAUGCGCGGAGGAUUUCAGGGACGCUAAGAAAAACCUCCAGCCGCUGCUCCUUUUUAAAGGUGGUAAUGACAAAAAAAUCAAAACAAAACAAAACACUGUAAGGGUCUCAUGCAAAUGGCGCUAUUUGAAUGACAAUAUUCCAGUCAAAGCACGCAGUGGGGUGAAUUUGGCCAAAUCGGGGGUAGACCAGCAACACGUCUGAGUGUGCUUUUUGGUGAAAUCGUAUCUAAUGAUUGAAGCUGAGGUCAGAGAGGAGAUGUUUGUAUGUGUGUGUCGUGUCUUCGAUUGAUUGGGACCCAACAUCCGGUGCCUCUGAUAUUACGCAGCACACAAUGUAUCUGUUUUCUACUCUCUCUUAAAACAGCUCUUUGAUAUUUUAAUCGUGGCAUUACACUCAAAGUUUCUCUGACACAACUUUUUAAACUUCUCUUCCUUUUGUAACAUUAUCAACGCUGAUCGUUGUGUAAAUACUGUUUUCAAUGCGAUGCAGCUCUUUCAGCCGGCAACUGAGCUUUUGGUCGUGCUUGAUUUUACAGGUCCAUAAUUUCCUAAUAUUUCCCCAAAAGUUUCCUGGAAAGAAUUUUGUAAUUUGGUAGCGAUCAUUGCGACAAUAGAGACAGGAGCAUCUUUUAGACCCUGGCAGGCGUUACUUUCGAGCUUUAACCCUGAAAUCGCGACCUGACGGUUUUGAGUGUAUAGGCAUGGCAUUUAGUCAUUUAGUUUACCCUUUUCAAGUCAGCCCAACUCAUCAUUUAGUUAUUAGACCUACAGUUUCCGAGCAACUGGGGAUACAGGAUAAAAGAGAAGACGUGUAAACUGUAAACGGAACAUCAGGAUUUAUUGCAUAUGUCAGACAGAGAAGACGAACAUACUCGGGUUUGUACCAGGUCUUUCCAGGUAACUUCCUACCAGGAAACAAUGUGCCUCUAAAAUAAAGCCUGGCCGAUCAUUUCAGUGUGUCCUUUUUUUUGAUCUUAGCGUGUUACGAGCACUAGUCAGGUAAUAUUUAAUAGUUUUCAAAGCACUCCGAGAUGUUUCUGAAGUACUUCUGCAGUACUCCUGCUGCCUGUUCUUAACCCCGAGGAGGUAUUUUUAGAGUAGAAAGCCGCUCUGGGAUGAGGGUGGAAGGAACAUUUACAUCUUCUUGUCCACUGUGUUUUCCAUCUGUUGCACUACCAGCAAACUACUGAUACCGAGGUUUCAAGGAUGUAGAUGCUUUUAAAUCACUGCUAUUGUUCUGUUGUUUUUUAAGAAUUAUUUAUUCUUUUUUUCUUCAUUUUGCUGCAGCCGUUUAUAGACCUAAAUGCAGAGUUGAUAGAUUUAACUAUAUUGCCGAGUGCAUCACAAAAAAAGGAUUUUAAAGCUAUUUUUAUUAGUGGAAUCGCAUGCCACACGUUAACCUUAUUCUCUAAAUACUGUAAAGCUAAAUCUUUAUUUUUUACAACGUGUGUUUAAAGUAAAGCUUUAUUAACGCACAUCCAGUCUGUCUGAUGGCAGCGAAACGAUAUAUAAUCCUGCAUGCUGUUAGCGGAUGUUUUCAUAGCUUAUGUGACAGAAAUGAAAAAUUUUUUUUUUUAAUCCAGCAUGGAUGUUUCAUCAUGUCACAGGAUGUUUUAUCUCUGGUGAUAUCUGUAAGCGUGGAUGAAUGUAUGAUAUGUGCCUUGAUGUGCUUAAGAUAUGACACUUAACCAUUUACCCUCGCACAAACACAAACACUCAAAGUUCAACAAAUACAGGAAAUUAUCUUGUGAAUGUUAAGAUAUUUAUAUCAUUUAGCAGUUAUUAUAUAAAGAUUAAUAUUUAAACUGUAUUGUAUGUCAAUAUUUGUGAGAGCAGAGGCCUGUCGUAAGGGACGAGCCGCCACGUUGGGAGGGUUGACGACCAAAAUUUGACCGAUGUGGGGUUCAAAGGACAAAAGUGAUGCUUUUAGUUUGGUAAUUUGACCCGUGCAACUCAAAAGGGACACUUAUUUUGUAGGGCUGGGUGUCGAACCACAAUACUCUUUUUUUGGACUGAUUAAAAAAAAACUCUCUAAUACUGGAAGUUGGCCAGAUCUGUAACGUUUUUUACUUAUUCGAUGAUCAGAUUGUUCCCGUUUUUAAGCAAAAGGCCUCAUUCGUCCCGCAAAAAAUUUGCGGAACGAAUGUUGAUUAAUUCCCUGUUCCCACCCAACUUUGCCACAUUUUACUUUUAUUGACACACCAACAACUUUUUGUUUUUUUUCAUUUUUGUUAUUUCAGCCUUUACAUUCAGGCAAAUUGAAAAUCUGCAUAAAAAUAGGAAUUAAGCUACUAAAAAGCGGGUAACCAUGCUCAGAAACGAUGCCCAGCCCUUCCUAAUGUGUUCGAUGCAGUUUUUUCUGCUCUUUAGGUUGAGAAAAAACCCUCCCGCUGACCAUCAUCUGACACUAAAACUCUUCCCAGUCCAUAAUAAUCAGAUGAUUUGACUGUAAGGAGCUCCCACCCCUUUUUUAAAUGGUAAACGAAACAGAAAAAUGAACAGAUUAGCAGCCCAUCCACCCUCUCUCCUCCUCACUACAGGCCUCUGUUAAAGGUUUUUUCGUUGUGAAAGAAGUGUGUGAGUGAGUGUGUGUGUGUAUGUGUGUGUGUGUGUGUGACUGAGUGUGUGUGUGUGUGUGUGUGUGUGUGUGUGUGUGUGUGUUUGUGUGUGUGUGUGUGUUCAGACUGUCCGCCUUUAUUGCCUUCAUUUUUGAUUUAUAUUCACGACUAACUGCAGGUGUUGAGGUUUUCUCUGGACUCUGAUUAUUUUUGUGCUGUAAACCGAACCCCCUUCCAUUCUUCUCCCUCCCAUGUACCGGACACUGUAACUGUUACUGAAGUGUGUUGUAUCAGUGUGUGGUCACAUGGGGGUUUGACUACAAUACCUCCACACUGAGGACCCUUCAAAACUGCCAACGCCGGCCCGUCAAGAAUAGCUCAUGGGCAGCGGGACUGAAAUGCUGAUGUUUGAUUGUCUUCUUUUGGAUGAAAUUACAGCUUUAUCCAGGCUCAAAGAGAAUCAUAUUCCUCGCUCUUUUUCUUUUCCACCAAUACUGUACGAAUACUGAGAGUCUGUCUUCAGGUUAAAAAAAACAAAACAAAACAAAAAAAAAGAAACAAGGCAAUUAUCUAAUUAAAUGUAUCUGGUUGCUUGCAAAGCUUUGUGCGGUUUUUGUUUUUCUUGUGAACAUCACUCAGUCCUGGCGUCAUAACAGCGGGGAGAAGUGACGCGACAGCCUGUGAACGGGACAGAAGAGAGGUGUCCUCCUUUUAUUUGUCCAGAUUUUUUUUCUUUUCUUGUCAAAUUACUGAAAAAAUUUUAAGUUUAAAAAUCUGGAUGAUAACAAUAAGGCUUAUGUCUAGUGCUGAGAUGAGUCAGUUCUUGAUAGUUGGUCAACAGAGAAUGAAUCAACUGUUUUGAUAUUUUAUCAGACUUUAACUGCGUCAGAUGUGAAGAUUUGCUCAUUUUCUCUGUUUCUAUAUCAUUUUAAAUUGACCGUCUUUGGGUUUUGACUGUAGGUUGGACACAGAAAAGUAAGUUGAACGCAUCAUGUUGGGCUUUGAAAAUUAAUUCAUUGGGC